CUUCCGGCGGCCCCCGGUAAACGAUCCGCUUUAUCAGGGCGAAGUGCCAAGUGCGUACGUUACAUGACCAGCAACAAGUGUGCGUAAUAAAGACGAACUUUCAACUUUCUCGCCGUUGCAGUCUCCCUGCAGGACAGCCGAGGUGUCGUAUUCGCCCGCGCGACAGAUUUCGUCGCGCAUUUUUUUUUCUCGAGGAAUGACCGAGGAUCGGUUUGACGCGGUUGUGGUCGGCGCGGGCCUGUCCGGACUCAGCGCGGCUCGCAGGCUGCAGAAGAGAAACCCGCAGCUCAGCGUCUUGGUUCUGGAGGCCAGAGACCGUGUCGGAGGACGGACUGUAAGUAAAGACCUGCCAGCUGCGAAUGGCGUUGACCGGUGGGACAUGGGGGGACAGUGGGUGUCCAGCUCGCAGACCCAUGUCAUGGAGCUUAUUCGAGAACUUGGUCUUGAGGUCUUUCCACAAUACACCAAGGGCAAGAAGGUGCAUCACGUGGGUGGUCCGCAUGCCAAAAUCAAAACGUACACCAGCAGCAUGCCGUCAUACUCUCCGCUCACCCUCCUGGAUUUCACCCACGUUCUACGGCGGAUUGACCAUCUUACGCAGAACAUAUCAGUCGAAGACCCGAUGAGUUCUCCUAACGCCGAGCUCUAUGACGGCAUGACGCUUCACACCUUUAUGGAAAAACAUAUCUGGACCACACAGGUCAAAGAGGAGCUGGCUUUGUGUAGCCGCAUCGUGUUCGGCUUGGAACCGUCUCAGGUCUCCUUCCUGUUCUUUCUGAUGUACUCCGCUGCAGCAGGAGGCACCCUACGACUCCUGGAGACCACACCUGGUUCGGGUCAGGAGUUCAGGGUCAAGGGGGGCACUCAGCAGCUGUCAGAGAAGCUGGUGGAGCAGAUCGGCAAAGAACGGGUUCGGCUGGGUGCCGCCGUAACGACCAUAUGUCAGAAUUCAGAGAACAUAGAAGUUACGACUUCGGCAGGCACAGUCACUUGUAAAGCCGUCAUUGUUGCGUGUCCUUCUCACUUGGCAGCCCAGAUUCGUUAUGAGCCUGCCCUUCCAUUCGAGCGCCAGCACCUCACCCAGUGCCUUCCUGUCGGCCACAUGACGAAGUUUAUCAUCACAUACCCCACUGCAUUUUGGAAGGAAAAAGGUUUCUCUGGGGAAAUUGUGGUACGUCCCUCCGAGGACUGCCCUUUAAGCGUCACAUUUGAUGCCACCAGCCCCAGAGGCAAUCCCGCGCUGGUGGGGUUCAUCACUGGAGUACAAGCCCGUGACUGGUGCGACAGAAAGAUGGAGGAGAGAAGAGAUGCUGUGAUCUCCAGCAUGGUGAAGUACCUUGGUCCGGAGGCGUCCACCUACAUUCACUAUGAAGAAAAGGACUGGGCAAAAGAGGAGUGGAGCGGAGGCUGUCCUGUGAAUGUAAUGACCCCUGGGAUGCUAACGUAUUACCACCCGAGUCUUCGAAAGCCUUUCGGCAGGAUUCACUGGGCAGGCACUGAGACGGCCACCCAAUGGUGUGGAUACAUUAAUGGGGCAAUUCAGGCUGGUCAGAGGGCGGCUAUGGAGGUCCUGGCUCAGAUGUGCCCUUCUUCUCUGUCCAAGGAGGAACUGGAGGCAGUGAAAGCUUCCCUGAAACACAGUGACCAAAGAAAGGGUUCGAAGUGCAAGUCGUCUAAGUGUUACUAUCUCUUCGGCAUGGCAAUGACGGCAGCUGCUCUGGUGACAGCCUACCUGUUAGCCAAACCAGAGUUGGGAUUUCAUUGGAUUUAAAAAGGAUUAUUGGCUAUUGUGUCUUUAAAUACACGACCAAAAUAACAGUAAUUUACAGAUUCAUGUCAACUUGACCCAUUUCACUCGCGCAACAUGCAUUUACUUACAGCGCAUUUUUCAAUGAAACGGCAAUUUCAAAGUAAAAACGGUGGGAACUGAUUGGAUAAUGGAAAGUUGCUUACCAGAAUAGAGCCAGACGGUUGGUGGGAAGGUGUUGAGAAAGAAGAGGGCUUGGAGAUGUCAGCCAAAAAGGAAAGAAUCAUUUCAGAUGCACAACAAGUUUGUGCAGAAAGUUAACCCAGACAGUUUAUUUUUUUAAAUCGUGCAUGCCACGAAUGUGAAUUAAUAAAGUAAAAUCUGUCAGUCAUUGAGUUUAAGUAUCAGUAUUGUAAAAUCAAACAUAAUUACAGUAUAAUCGCUUCUUUGUAUCUUGUACUUAAUAAUGACGCUGACUUGGAAGGUUUCCAUAUUUGAUUUUCCAAUUCGCUUUUAGUGUCUCAUAUAAUUGUAACUAUGAACAUCAAAGCACAGAAGUGAAGCAGACACACAGUGAAGUACGUUAUUUUUUUUAUUUUUGUCAAACACAAGUGCCACUUUUGCUUUCAGCUCCAUUGUUUUUAGGACACUCAAGUUUGUCAAGGCCUCUUUGAACACGUCAAAUGAGUUUACUGGUUAAUAACAAUAAUUUAGUCAGUGUAAAUGUUUUAAACUAUAAGCCAAACUGCCAGACAGUUUGUACAAAUGUGUAAACAUUAUUAUAUGUUAACAUAUACAAUAUCCCAGAAACAAUAUCAUUCUACAACAGUAAUACUAGUAAUAGUGUAUACUUGUUUACUAUAUUACAUGUUCACCUGUGUUUCUUUACUCUUAUGCAAAUUAUAAGGUGCAGCUAAUAUUACAUUUAUGUUGUCGCAUUUUGUGCCAACAUGUUUGGAAAUGCACUACGUUAGCAGCAAAUGAAUAUGUUUCUAAUCCGUUAUCAGCGUUGUAUCUAUUAUCAUUUUUGUGGUACAAUUUUCUGAAAUUAAUGCUUAAUAAUAGAGUAUUGAUUUAUAUGAAGUUGCACAAUUAAGCAUUUAAUCCAUAUUGUGAUUUUUUAUUUGUUUUUCUUAAAAAUAAAAAUAAGCAUCAAUAGCUUGCAUUGGAACAUCAGUGGUAUGUUUAAAAUAAAAUGAUGAAAUGAAAUAAACCUGAUGCCUUUUGCCCCA